UCCCCGAGAGCCAGGACCGCCCGAGAACAAUGAGACACGAAGCUCCGGUGCAGGUGGCCGCUGCGCAGGAUGCCAGGGGCGGCCGGAAAGACGCCUCGGACCAGAACUUCGACUACAUGUUCAAGCUGCUCAUCAUCGGCAACAGCAGCGUGGGCAAGACGUCCUUCCUGUUCCGCUACGCCGACGACUCCUUCACGUCUGCAUUCGUCAGCACCGUGGGCAUCGACUUCAAGGUGAAAACCGUGUUCAAACACGAGAAGAGAAUCAAGCUUCAGAUUUGGGACACGGCAGGCCAGGAAAGGUACCGGACCAUCACCACAGCCUACUACCGCGGGGCCAUGGGCUUCAUCCUGAUGUACGACAUCACGAACGAGGAGUCCUUCAGCGCUGUCCAGGACUGGUCAACUCAGAUCAAAACAUACUCUUGGGAUGAGGCCCAGGUGAUCCUGGUCGGCAACAAGUGUGACAUGGAAGAGGAGCGGGUCAUCUCCACGGAGCGGGGCCGGCGCCUGGGGGAGCAGCUGGGGUUUGAGUUUUUUGAAACAAGUGCCAAGGAUAACAUCAACGUCAAGCAGACCUUUGAGCGCCUGGUGGACAUCAUCUGCGACAAAAUGUCAGAGAGUCUGGAGACCAAUGAGGCUGCCAUGGCCACGAAGCAGAACACAAGGCUCAAGGAAACCCCUCCCCCACCGCAGCCCAGCUGUGGCUGUUAACUCCUCCCACAAGGGCGGGGGGCCUUGGUGAUAAGAGGUGGAUCAGCCCUCAUUUAACUGCCUGGGAGCCACUGGAGGGAAGUGGCUGAUGUCAGUGGGUGUUGCCCGCAUCACAUUCUGGGGAGUCCUUGGGUUGCUAUGUGGCGAACACAUGAUCUUGAAUUCAUAAGGACUCUCCAUCCACAAAUAUCUGGUCCUUGCAUGUGACUUGUUAUUUGUCUUCUAGGGUCUUUCUGUUUCAGAUUUCUGCGCAGAUUAAGCUACUGCUGGGAUUCAGAUUGUAAUUCACUACUGCUGACUUUUGUGCCAUGGGUUUGAAUCACGCUGGUCACCGGUGGGGAUGAUAGCCAAGGAACUGCUUGUGUGAUGAGGGAAGCUGGAGAUCUCAGGAGACCUUAUUUGCUUUACUCUUAACUGAAAAUCCAGAGGGCCCUGGCGCUUUGGCUUAGCAGUUGGAGAGUUGG